AUGACAAAAGAAAACAUUGAAUCAGAAAAUCUACAGAAUGAAUCAAGCUCAAAUCAACAAAAUGACAACGCAACCAAAGAAACUACAGAUCAAGAAACCACUAAUCAAAAUGAAAUGACUAGCAAUUCAAACAUCCCGCCUGAAUUCAACAAUGAAGAAUUUAAAGAAGAACAAAAGAAAGAUCCUACUUUAUCAAGGCUAUACAAGAAAGCACAGACCAAUAUAAAUCCAGAAUCAAACAAUGAACCAUAUCUUGACAACGGAAUGCUAAUGAAACGAAGCAAAAACAAAAAUGAAAUCAUUGAUCAAAUAGUCGUGCCACAAACUUACAGAAAGACAAUAAUCAAAUCGGGACACAGCAAACCUUUUUCUGGACAUAUGGCGGUAUCCAGAACAAAGAAAAGAAUUCUACAACAUUUCUAUUGGCCAAGCAUAACGAAAGAUGUGAAGAAGUUCGUCAGUACAUGUCAUAUUUGUCAAAUGAAAGGACCCAUUCAAACUGUAGAACUCACAGACAAACCAUUCCAGAAAGUCGCCAUUGACAUUAUUGGACCCAUACCAAUUGAAUCAGCAAGAAAGCAUAAAUACAUACUUACUUUAGUUGAUACAUGUACAAGAUGGCCAGAAGCAAUACCAUUAGUCAACAUAACAGCUAUUGACAUUACCAGAGCUUUGUCAGAAAUUUUCUCCAGAACCGGACUACCAGAGGUGAUACUAAGCGACCGAGGGGGACAAUUUACAGCGGAAAUUACGAAAGCAUUCAUGGACAUGUACAAAAUAAGGAUGAAAUUUACAACGGCCUACCACCCACAGAGUAACGGGCUCUGCGAACGUAUGAAUUCUAGUUUGAAGCAAAUCAUAUCAAAAAUAGCAAAUGACAACCCACAAAAUUGGGAUCUUUUAAUACCAGCAGCACUUUUUGCUUACCGAGAAAGUCAACAAGAAACUACAGGUUUUUCUCCAUUUGAAAUGCUCUACGGCGCAAAUCCGAGAGGACCUAUGGCAGCACUAAAAGAAUCAUUAAUGGCACCAAGACAGAAUGCAACAGCAACAAAAACAGCAUUUCAACAUGUCAUAGACACUCGAAAUAUGGUCAUUCAAGCAUGUCAAAAAGCUAAACAAGAAACAGCAAAAGCCAACAUAGCUACCCAAAGACGAGUAAACGAAAGCAGAACUUUGAGAAAAUUAGAACCAGGAGAUAAAGUGAGACUAUUAUUGCCAGUUAAAAAGAACAAGUUUUUUAAUCAGUGGCAAGGACCAUUUUUAGUUACCAAGAAAGUCACAGACGUAGACUACGAAAUUGAAAUAAACAACAAAAAGAAAGUCUAUCACAUCAAUAUGCUUCAUAAAUAUAAUGAAGAAAUGCAAGAAAAUGAAACAGUGCAAGACACAAUUACAUGUUUGACUGUUCUUCAAGAAAGUGAUUCAAAUGAUACACAAGAACUUAUACUCCCGAAUCCAAUAUCAACACAAACAGAAUCAUGGAAAGACAUAAAAUUGAACAAUUUAUCAUGUCAAAGAAAGCAAGACGUAUCAGAGAUACUAAAGAAUUACUCAGCAAUUUUUACCGACGUUCCAGGCAAAACAUCAGUUAUUGAACAUGAGAUCAAUUUGACUUGCGACAAACCAACAAAACAAAGACUAUAUCCAGUUCCAAUACAUUAUAGAGACUUUCUACAAAAAGAAAUCAACCAAUUACUACAACAAGGCAUAAUUGAACAUUCAAAUUCGCCCUACGCAGCACCUAUCCUACUUGUGAAACGACACAAUGCUACAACACCUAGAAUGUGUGUAGACUUUAGGCAACUCAACAAAAUUACUUGCCUAGACUCUUACCCUAUGCCAAAUUCAGAAGAUCUCAUGACACAGUUUGCUGAAGCAAAAUUUUUUACAAAAAUAGAUCUUUCAAGGGGAUAUUACCAAAUUCCAAUGAAAGAACAAUGUAAACCAUACACAGCUUUCACUACUGCAUUUGGACUAUUCCAAUUGAACUACAUGCCAUUUGGUUUAGUCAAUGCAAGUAGUACAUUCAACAGAGCAAUACACCGACUAUUCGGACAAAGAAAAGAAACUGUUUCAUAUAUAGACGACAUAUGUAUCUUUCACAAAUGUUGGGAAGAACAUUUGCAAGGACUAAAAGAAAUCUUUCAUGAACUAAGACAGCAUGGCUUCACUAUCAAACCCAGCAAAAUGGAACUAGCCAUGAAUGAAGUAACAUUUUUAGGUUACAAAGUAAGCUACAACUCUUUAAAACCUCAAGAUGAAAUCAUCAAGAGAAUAUUAGACAUUCAAGUGCCUAAGACAAAGAAACAAAUCAGGAGUAUAAUAGGACUAUGUAAUUUCUACCGAUGUUUCAUACCUAAUUACACAACUCUCACAUCGCCCUUGACAAACCUUACCAAGAAAGGUCAACCAAACAAAGUACUUCAUUCACAAGAACUGGAAGACACUGUAACGAGAAUCAAGGACACCUUUUCACACGAGUCCAUUCUCAAGUUACCAGACCAAAACAAAACAUUCCACCUUGCGACGGACGCGUCUUCCGAAGCGAUCGGAGCCUGUUUAAUGCAAGAGCACAAUGGAACACUACAUCCCGUGUUCUAUAUUAGCAGGAAAUUGUUACCAGCGGAAACCAGAUACUCUACAAUUGAAAGAGAGUGUUUAGCGAUAGUUUGGUCCAUAAAUCGCUUUACCAAGUAUCUGUUAGGCAAACCAUUCAACCUACUUACAGACCAUUUUCCUCUCCAAUUUCUAAACACUAGAAAACUGUCUAACAGCAGAUUAACACGAUGGAGUUUAAUGCUAACAGACUACCAGUUCACAGUCAAAACAAUCCCAGGGAAGCUGAACGUCCUAGCAGACACCCUGUCGAGAUGUACUUAG